ACUUUCCAAGGAGUCAGGGUCCUGCCGCUAGAGUAGGUCCUUGUCAUUGGCAAGAGUUAUAGAACUACGGCAAAGUCGAUCAAAAACAGAGCGAGAGAACGGCAAGCCUUACGCGGGGACUUUUCUUCCCCAUGCUGCCAGGUCAAAGGAUGGUAAAGCUGUUAAAGCUGGCGUGCUAGAAUUUCAAGGUUUGGCGCGCAAAUGGCGCACAAACUUCUCAGUGGCGGUCAAUUGGACGCACAAUCGGGAUAUGCCAAGUCAUUGUUUCUUGCGGCAUUAUCGCGCUUCCUGAAUCUUCUUUUGAAAUACAUAACUCAUUGCUUUGAAAUCAGCUUGGAUAAUAGACAUAUAAGAUCUAGGUCUUCUAUGAAGGACACCCUCAGAUAUACAUUCACCGUACCAUACUUGCAUCUACAAUUAUGGCUCCUACUGAGCAGCGUUUGCUACCCGACUCGAGGUUUACAACCAUCUUGGUGAACAACCUCCAUUGCCCCUCGUGUGUUUCUACAGUGAACGAUACCCUAUUUUCUCUUAAUCCACCCCCUUUCUCCGUGUCGGUGUCCAUCGUCCUGCACGAGAUUAAGAUUGCGCAUCCCAUUGAUCUAAGUCCAUCACAAAUGGUGCAUGCCCUAGAAGACGCCGCCUUUGAUAUUGACAGCGUUGCUGAAUCCAGCGAUUCCACAAGCGGUGGCCCUGAGAGUGUGGAGAGUCUUUCAGCGUGGCGCUCAACCCCUCCAUCAACCGUCGGGCCCUCCUCCGGCCUGGAUCCUCUGCAGGAGUCAGAAAAGCAUAUCCGGCAAUGUAAUGCAUGUUCUGUACAGCUAGCGACGCAAUCAUCCAACUUGAGGGACGAUCUGCCGGAUAUGCAAAAUAACCUCGGCCCGGUCGCCGAGUCCAGCAGCCCCGGAGACGACCACCUGGUAUCUGUCGUCAACGACCAUCUGUCGGAAAAGCGCAUCCGCGUCACACUAUCGAUCAGUGGGAUGUCUUGCAGUUCGUGUGUCGGGAAGAUUACCAACGCUUUGAAUAACCAACCAUGGGUUCAGUCGGCCGACGUUAAUCUACUGACUAGCAGCGCGGUGGUCGUUCUCCUGAACCAGUCGCGUGUGGACGAAGCACUAGAGAUAGUCGCAGGCUCCGGCUAUUCCGCCAAGCUCAUCAAUUGUCAAGAUAUUUUGCCCAAGAGGCACUCGAAACCGCCAGUGUCCGCCGACAUGUGGCAAGCCUCCUAUGUUAUUGGAGGCAUGACCUGCAGUUCCUGCAUUAAGACAGUUACAGACACGCUCAACUGUUACGAAUGGGUUAAAAAAGUGGACGUGAAUCUUGUUUCAGGGGGUGCGACAGUCGAAGUUCAUGGCAAGGAGCAUCUGGAAGAGGUCGCCGCCAUCAUCAGCGACUUGGGGUAUCCCGCUAAACUCGGCAAUGUUGAGGGUAGAGCGGCAUCCGACCAACGAGCCUUGAACCGGUCCGUCACUAUCCAGGUGGACGGGAUGCAUUGUCCAAACUGCCCCCAGCGAAUUUUAGAUGCUCUAGCCGUGUUUUCCAAUAGGCUCCAGGUGACGGAGUCUCCUCGAAAGGGACAUCCGCGGCUCACUAUAGCAUAUACCCCAGACGGGCCCGAUUUCACCAUUCGGGAUAUCUUACAUGCGAUCGCACAGGUGGAUAAGGCUUUCAGGGUCUCUAUGUACCAUCUCCCUAGUCUCGAGGAGCGCUCCCAUAUGAUGCAACGUCGACACAUGUGGCGCAUCGCCCGACGCCUGCUGCUUUCGGUGUUGAUUGCUAUUCCAACGUUUAUUAUUGGGAUCGUCUAUAUGUCUUUAGUACCCCGAGACAAUCCCGGGGUCAUGUACCUCGAGCAGCCCAUCUGGGCCGGUCAGGUCUCACGCAUGGAAUGGGCGUUGUUUAUUAUGGCAACCCCGGUUUACUUCUUCGCAGCGGAUCUGUUCCACCGUCGGAUGAUGCGCGAACUUGUGGCACUGUGGCGGCCAGGGAGCAAGACCUCAAUCCUCCGCCGAUUCUACCGUUUUGGCAGCAUGGAUAUGCUGAUGUCUCUGGGUACUACCGUCGCCUACUUUUCCUCCAUCGCUAUUUUGGGUAUCAAUGCCACUCAGCCCGUUGACGGCCACAGAGUCACCCAUGUUGAGUCAUUCUUCGACUCUGUCGUUUUCCUCACAAUGUUCCUCUUGAUUGGUCGAUUGCUCGAGGCUUACAGCAAGGCUAAGGCCGGAGAUGCCGUCAGCUUACUAGGCAAGUUGCGUCCGACGACGGCGGUUUUGGUUGCGUCGAAGAGGAUAGAGCACUCUUCCCCAUCUGCUGCUACACCGCAGACAGUCCCGAUUGAUCAGCUGGAGCUUAAUGACGUGGUCAGUGUGGCAAAUGGUGCCUCUCCACCGUACGACGGUAUUGUUGUUGAAGGGAGUUCACAGUUUGACGAGUCGAGUUUGACAGGCGAAUCAGAGCCGGUCUCCAAAUCCGUCGGCGACGAGGUCUUUUCGGGGACAACUAACCGGGCAAAUCCCGUUCUUGUACGCGUCACCCGUCUCUCUGGUGACUCGAUGCUGGACCAGAUCAUCAGCGCUGUUCGCGAAGGACAGGUUCGGAGAGCACCAAUCGAGCGCACCGUAGACCUGAUCACGGGCUAUUUUGUUCCCGUUAUUACCCUUAUCGCUGUCCUGGACUGGAUAAUCUGGUUGUCACUAGGUAUCUCCGGCCGCUUGCCGACGUCCUGGCUGGAGGGCGAGGCCGGUGGAUGGGAAUUCUGGUCGUUGCAGUUCGCUAUUUCAGUCUUCGUUGUUGCUUGUCCAUGCACGAUUACUGAAGGUGUCCAGCCGUCAGUCACCAACCACAAAACCACCCAUGAAGAAUACAUUGAUGAGGUUUGGGGCGCGGUGGUAACACUCGAGCAGAAAAGCACUCACCCGAUUGCUCAGGCGAUGGCGUCCUUUGCUGACUCCAAGAGACCGCCGGCCCUCACAGCCUCAGCUGCUGACGAGAUUCCCGGAAAGGGGAUGAAGGGAUCCUUCCCUCUUCGUCACCGGCCGUCGUCUACUCUUGACAUUAUUGUUGGCAACGAGGCCUUAAUGCUUGACCAUGAUAUCACUAUCUCGUCUGCGAAUGCCGCCAUCCUUACAGCUUGGAAGCGCGAGGCCAAGUCGGUCGUUCUAAUCGGAACCAGAGUCCGAGAAGAACCCGGAGAUAUGGCAAAGGUGCACUGGGUGCUUUCUGUGAUGCUGGCUGUAGCUGAUCCCGUCCGGUCAGAGGCCAAAGAGGUCCUGCAGGCUCUUCGCAGUAGGGGAAUUUCGGUUUGGAUGAUUUCAGGAGACAACCCAACAACGGCUCAUGCAGUUGGUAAAAUGGUCGGAAUCUCCUCGAAGAAUAUCAUCGCCGGAGUUUUGCCUGAGCAAAAGGCAGAGAAGAUACGAUAUCUCCAGAAGACGGUGCCGAGACCCUCCAAGAGGAGAUUAUUCCACUGGGGGAGAGAACCAAGGCGCACCCGACCACUUGUUGCUAUGGUUGGCGAUGGAAUUAAUGACUCCCCCGCGCUGACAGUGGCUGACGUUGGUAUUGCAAUCGGAUCUGGCUCAGAGAUUGCAAUCUCGUCGGCGGAAUUCGUCCUCAUAUCUUCUAGCCUGACAUCGCUCCUGACUCUUAUUGAUCUUAGUCGCAUUGUGUUCAACAGAGUCAAGUACAACUUCUGUUGGGCUCUAGUAUACAAUUGCAUCGCUAUCCCGGUGGCUGCUGGUGUCUUCUACCCCAUUGUGAGCAAUGGCAAUCACAUUCGGCUGGACCCUGUUUGGGCUAGUUUGGCGAUGGCAUUGAGCAGUGUCAGUGUUGUUUGCAGCAGUCUGUUGAUGAGGACUCGACUGCCGUUGGUUGGUUUCACGUCAAAUAAAUAGAGAACCGGGGUCAUGCUCGGACUUGUUUCACGUUUAUUCUUCUUUUGUGUCAUUGAAAAGACCGGCCAUCCUGAGAAAGAUUUGAGUGAAGGUUCCCGUGCUAAUGACCUUUUCCCUGGCCGUUGCAGUGUCCAAUUUAAUAUGCUGUAACCUUCCACCAUGGAACUAGCCUACAGCAAGCUUGAUGAGUAUGUCAGGACGCAAAGUAUCUGAGCGGUAUCAAUUCAGAAGCAUCGCAAUAUGUCUGCAG